GGGAGAGGAUCAUAAAAAAGCCAGGAACGGCGACAGUGACAGCGAGCGCCUGUGGCUCCGGCGCCUGUGCGCGAUCCUCCCUCUCACUCACCGCCAACACUCGCACCAAUGCGCGCACUAAGCCAUCACCACCAGAUACCUCCACAUCGCAUUACCGCGUUCGCAUUGUGACAUUUCUCUCUUUAUUUAUCGUUCAGCAUCCGAGGUACGACCGUCGAGACACAAACACUUUAAUUUCAACCCUUUAUCUGAAUGACGGGCGGACGGUUUGACUUCGACGAUGGCGGCACUUUCUGCGGUGGAUGGGAGGAUGGAAAAGCCCACGGACACGGCAUCUGCACCGGCCCGAAGGGCCAGGGCGAAUACUCCGGGUCCUGGUCCAACGGAUUUGAGGUAGUCGGGGCGUACACCUGGCCCAGUGGGAAUACGUACAAGGGCUACUGGGCACAGGGAAAGCGACACGGGCUCGGCGUGGAGUCGAAGGGGAGGUGGCUGUAUCGCGGAGAGUGGAGUCACGGAUUUAAGGGUCGGUAUGGGGUUCGCCAGAGUCUAAAUACACCUGCCAGGUAUGAAGGCACAUGGAGUAAUGGAUUGCAGGACGGAUACGGGGUCGAGACAUACGGGGAUGGGGGUACAUACCAGGGCCAGUGGAUGGGCGGCAUGCGGCAUGGUUAUGGUGUACGUCAGAGCGUGCCUUAUGGCAUGGCCACUGUCAUCCGCUCCCCACUCCGCACCUCACUGGCUUCCCUGCGCAGUGAGCAGAGUAAUGGGUCCGUUCUGCAUGACCACAUGUCAGACAGCCCAGCUGGCACCCGUGGCGGUUUUGUCCUGAACUUCCACAGUGACAGCGAGGUGGGCUCUGGCAAAAAAAAGGGCCUCUUCCGACGGGGCUCACUGUUUGGCAGCCUCAAACAGCUGAGGAAAUCUGACUCCCGCUCCUCCAUAUCCAGCAAACGCAGUUCAGCGCGUAGUGACGCCACUAUGAGCCGAAUCAGCUCCAGUGACGCAAACUCCACUGUAAGUUUUGGUGACGGAGAGGUGGCUGACGAGUACCUGCCAGCAGAGGACAACGUCGAUGCCACCACUACCGAGUCAUACAAUGGCGAGUGGAAGAAUGACAAGCGGAAUGGUUUUGGUGUCAGCGAGCGAUCCAAUGGGAUGAAAUACGAAGGGGAGUGGUUGAACAACAAACGGCAUGGCUAUGGGUCCACAAUGUUCCCUGAUGGGACAAAGGAAGAGGGAAAGUACAAAAAUAACGUUUUGGUGCGUGGCAUCAAGAAGCAGCUCAUUCCCUUAAAGAACGCCAAGACAAGGCAGAAAGUGGACCGUGCUGUGGAAGGAGCCAUACGAGCGUCUGCCAUUGCCCGAACAAAAGUUGAAAUUGCCACCUCAAGAACCGCACACGCCAGGGCUAAGGCAGAGGCAGCUGACCAGGCCGCCCUUUCUGCCAGCCAGGACUCUGACAUCGCCAGAGCAAUUGCGAGGGAUCUGUCCCCCAACUUCCAUCAACCAGGCCCAGAUUAUAUCAAGCAACGGUUUUCCAGUGAGCCCAUUGAAAUCAAAGAAGCCCCAGAGGAAAAGAAAGAGAAAUCACCAUCAGGAAGUCCGCACUUUUAUCGCAAAGGCACCACCCCAACCCAGACCCCUUCCCAAAGCCCAGGUCCUACGCCACCCCCCUCACCACCAGUCAGCAAGAAAAAGCCCUUCUUUAACAGAAGUGCCCAAAAAGCCAUCAAAGAAAACAAUCCCCCUGCUGCCGAAAGCCUUGCAGCGGGUGUCACCAAGGCUACUUCCAGGAUACCUGACAAACAGGAAAUAAGACAGGAAGUAGAACCUGUAACCAAACCCUCCAAGCCACCAGCGCCGGUCUCCAAUGCCUCCAGCCCAGGGAACGGUGAGCUGCACUCCCAGUAUCAUGGAUACUUUGUGAAGGCAGAGGUAAUGAUCCCACCUGAUGAACCAGAGGAGGAAGAACAUCACCAUGUAACUCCGGCUGCUCUUGCCAGGAUCCCCCCACCUGCAAAGCAGUACGACCCACCAACACCCAAACCGGUAAUGGCCAAAGAGAGCAAACCCGAGCCGAAACUGAAGAAACAGGAAUCAUUGAAGCCAAAGAGCCUAGCAGAAACUAAGAAAGCCAGCAUGGAAAUUACAACUGACAUUGUUGAGGAGGAAUCAGGUCCCAACUCAAUAUUGGUCAUACUAGUGAUGCUGAUAAAUAUUGGACUGGCAAUUAUUUUUGUCCAUUUUCUCACUUGACGAAACAUUAAACUCAGUCCUUCCCCCUUGAGUGUGAAAAUGAUUCCUUGUCUGGAGGUUUGCUAUGAUGAUCCUAAGACCAAAAUAGUGUGAAGCAGCUGCUGCUGGCUAGGAGAGGGCCGUAUCUGAGCACCAUGAGAAUUGCGCCAGACUAUGCCAUCGCUCUCCUCCUCUGAGCUCAUAGGAAGGGAAGGGAGUGGAAGGUCACCAGCUGCUUUGUUGUUCUCUUUUUGUAUGUGAACAUGGAGCCUGUAGUGCACUAAAGUUAUUAUAGAAAGAGCCUGUUACAAGUGAGGCAGUAAGCCUUGGCCCUCAGUUUAAAAGAGGAGUGAUAUCAUGUGGUAUGGUAAGACUGGAGGCAUCGAGACUGGACCAACACACAUAGUUCAGUUUCUCAUUGGUAAAGGCCAGUACCUUAUAUCUCACUUGACAUUGUUCCUCAUUAAUAUCAUACUGACGCACGAACUGGAAGAGGAACAUACAGUACAAAGGUAUGUCACAUAGUUUCCAUAACAUCACUGGUAAUUACAUUUCCUGACUUCCAGUACAUUAUUUGUGUUCAAAUUCUGCAACAACAACAACAAAAAAAGGUAUAUUCAUACAAAUGGUCGAUACAAACUUAGAUCCUGUAUAGUUUGGGAAAUAUUUUUGUGGGAAUUGCCAAGGUCAAACAGGAUCGGUUACAGAGAAUUUAUGGUAUGUGAAUGGGAGACAGUGAGAAACCUCAACCAUCUAAAACUACAUACACUGGCUCAUAUAUCAAAGCAAUCGCUUCUAAAGAAAAGGCCCCCACAAUACAUUAAAGAGCCAUUGUGAAAAGAGUGCAUCUUAAAUGUAAUUACAACUGAACUGUUCUGCUUAAACUAGUAACUAAAGGAUGGUGUUCUUCUUCCAAGGCAAGAUUGCACAUAUGACUAAAUCUGUAUAUAAAUCCUAAAUCCUACAUCUAUUCCUAUGUCAACAUUUGUCAUUUUUCCAAAAAGUAAAAUAAAUAAAAUUAACUGAAUAUAUAUUCAAUGAGAAGUCCAGGUAGAAGACAUCUGAUAGUUAAUUCUCCAGUUCAAAAUGACAGCUGUCCUUAUACUAUAUGCAAAACUGUUCUACAACAUUUUUGGCUCCUCAACUUCCCUUUUGAAACAUAAAGUGGACUUUUUGAUAAGGGGCGGGGGUAUAUAUAGAGGCUCCUUAAUUAACACUGUAUGCUUACUCCUCCUGGCCCCAUCCCUUCCAUUAGAGCUAGACUGAUAGGCCCCCAGGGUCAAAGCUGCGAGGUCAACCUGUCCUAAGACACCUGUUCUCUCUUGUCAGGCCUGAAACAGGCUCCCAUUGCGAAUAUGCCACCUCACACCCAACCCUCUUGACAAGAGCUCUACCAAGCCCUGACUUUCCAGCACACAUACUGUAUAUAUAACACUGGCAAAUACAUCUUAUAUGUCUGCUAUGUGCUGCUCAUGGCACUCACCAGUGAUUUCAUUCAUCUUAUGUAAUUUAAGGAAUAUGUUGAAUGUUGUCAUUCAUAUAUGUAUACACAAGCACAUUUCUUUUCAGUAUCAAUUUCAAAGUACAGUAACACUUUAUAAGGUUCUUUAUGUAAUAAUUAGUUAAUUGUAUAUGCAUUAGUUAACAUGGACUAACAACAUGUAGUACUUUCGCAGUGCUUGUUAAUCCUGGUUUGUUACAUUCAACAUAUACUAAUCAAUUUUUCAACAUUAAAAGUCUCAUACAUAAACACUGGCUUAUGUUUUGUGGUCUAACAUAAACCUACAGUGAAAAAUUGUCUAUUUAGAAAUGACCAUUAAACAAGAUUAUGAAAUGCUUUAAGAAAUUACUGGUUAUUGUUAGUUCAUGACAACUAAUUCAUUUUGUGAAUGAAUAGAACCUCAUUGUAAAAUGUUACCAUUCCAUUUCACAUUACUUAAUUAUAUUGAGUAAUAUUAAUUUAUAUACUGGUCAUUGUUAGUUCAUAAUGCAUCAACCAGUGCUGGGUAGAUUACUUCUGAAUUGUAAUCUGGUACUGAUUACAAAUUACAUGACUAAAAUGAUAAUCAAUAAUGUAAUCUCUUCAUACUUGUUUUACUUUAGGUUAUCAAAUCUGAUUACUUUAAGAUUGCUUCUGAACUUACUCUUGUUUAUUUGAUGUCAUGUGCAUUCAAGUAGGAUAUUUCUGUACCAUUUUGACAUAAAAAUACAAAGAGAAAGAAAAUAUAUUCCAUUCUUUAUUUCCAACAAAAACAAAUAUAUAAAAGAAUCAUCAAAGACUUACCGAACAUACUUGAUCAUUAGCCUAAUUUAGAAUAAUUAUUAUUAUUCUGGCAAAUAUUAUACAAUUAUAAAAUAUUAUAAAAUAUAAAAAAAAUGAAAUCUUUUUUUAAGGAUUAAAAAGAAUUAGAAUGAUCAAUAAAUUAUGAACAAUUUGCUGAUUAAUAUGCAAUCAUGCAAUCAUAAAACGUAACUAAUCUGAUUAUGAGUAUUUAAAAUGUAAUUUAAUCUAAUUACAAGUACUUUUAUUUUUGUAAUUUGAUUAUGUAAUCCAUAAUACAUGUAAUCCAUUACUAGCCAGCACUGGCACAAACAUAUUUAGCGAACAAGACUUUACAUUUUAGAAAAUAUCUCUAGAAAUUAAUAUUAUCUAAGAUUAAUAAAUGCUUAAACAUCGUUUAAUAUUGUUCAUUGUUAGUUUAUGUUAACUAAAGUUCUCUAGAAUAUUCAAUUCUCUUUGGUCAAUGGAGCCAUCUAGCGGUCUGAUAUUUCUUUCUUACCACUGCAUGUCCAUGUAUACAGACCGCUCAUCUGGGUAUCUGAGCCAUCUUUCCUGCUUCUC